GUUGGUGGAAGGUUACUAGGUGCUGCUGCUGUCUCAGCGCAGGAGAAAAAGGACUCUAAAAAUACAUAGUUGUCCUCUUUGGGCUCUGAGGAGGAUGCCUCCCCAUACUGCCUCACUUCAGCUCUUUAGGAGGAACUGAGAAAGUUCAACGAGCUUUGACCUGCCUGGAACAGGUCUUUAGAUCAAGAUGGCGACAGUCAUUUUAAAGGAGCAAUACAAAAGCCUGCAGGAGAAAAAGGACCAAUAUGAGAAGCUCACCAGGCUGCAGAAAGAUCAAUUGGUCUCUCUGGAAAGGGAGAUAACUGUGUCAGAGAACAGUAUCCAGGAAAAGCUAACAGUCCCAGGAGGUCUCUUCAAACUAAAAGGGAAGCAAAGCCGCCACUGGAAACACAUCCGCAGCUUAGAAAACCAUCUCAAACAGUACACUGUAAGGUUUGACGGGUUGUUGAGCAGAAACAUGGAUCAUCGCAAAGACAUAGCUCACCUACUACAACAGAAAGGCUUAUGGUGCAAUGUUGCAAAGAAAUUCAACAAGCAGUUGGCUACACAGCUAAACCAAACAGAGAAAAUGGAGGAGAGUUUCACUGUGGCUUUCCAACAGAGGUCAGAGGCAGAGGGCCGAAUGCUGGAGGUGGGGGAGUGGAUCGAGGUGGAGACCGCUCACUUUACCAAGAGAAGGAUGCAGCUGAAGACAAUCAUCGACCAUGACGUCAAACUGCAGACUUUCAUGGAGACCAAGUUCCAGGAAGUUAUUUGUUUCGAAGAAAAUGACGAUUCCAAGAAUAGAAAGAAACAGCAACAGGAUGAGUCUGGAGUUGAGAAGCUGGAGAUGUACCUGCAGGGCCACAGCAGUUUAGUGGAGGUCACCGAAGAGAGCGACCUGCGAGAAAUCGCCCACAUGUUUGCUCAAAACGAACAGAAGAAUUUUGCUCGUAUCAGCUAUAUCAAUGAGCUGCAGAAAAAAAGCAACAUGUUGAGGCACAGCACAGACAAGAUGAAGAGUGACAUCCUGUUCCUGGCGGAAGAGAACAAAGGACAUGAUGAGCAGAUUAACAGCACGCUUAAGGAUCUAGAAUCUGAGUUGGAGAAGAACCGCAGUCUGUCAGACUCUCUGGAGCAGCGGUGCUCUGAUGUUCAGACGACUCUAGGCGAGCUGACGGGAGCCAUCAGCGGCCUCUUAGACCACAUAAUGCCAGAAGCUGUCACUGUCAAUCUUGACAAUGUCGCUCACUUCACCAGUAUCCUCGAGGAGAGCAUCAGUGACCUGCUGAUCCAGGCCAACAACAUGGAAGAGGAGCAGAUGGAUCCUCUGAGCGUGCUGUUGGCCAACUCUGAGCUGCUACCAGAAAACGAAAUGAGGGUGGAAACAGAGCGCGGCAAAUCUCCUGUACGCUCGCUCAAGUCUGCCUGAUCAGACAGACUCAGCGCCGUCACAUCUUCUGACACUUCUGAUGGCAAUAAACAG